AUGACUGACUAUGAUCUCGAGCUCACCAAAACAACAAUAGCCAUGUACAUCUCAAGAGCCCUCUCAGUCCUAGCAACUGUCUUCGCCUUCACUACAACGAUUGCCGCACUCCCGACACCUGGACCUAUGCGUUCUUCGAAGAGGCGAAGAGGGAACUGCUGA